AUGUCUCAGCUAGGAGCUGCUCAUUUUCUGUCACUCCCUCGUCCUGAUAUCUUCAUUGGGCCCCCAGUAGGCGUUCCAGAUACCACUACUCUUGCUGCACAUGAUUUCGAUGUGGACACUCGGACCGGGUUUAUGCCACCUCAAAUGCCUCUGAGACGUCUUUCCGCUGACUGGGAACAAUGGGAAUUAACGUUAGAGGAUGCCAUAUCAAGCCGAUUGCAAUUGGGUGAUAGGUCAUUUAUCGAGGAAGUUGAUAAAGAAAAAUCAAGAUCGUGGAGAGAUCGUGUCCGAGAGCUACCAAUUCUUUCAAUAGAAGGAUUAAAAUCUUCAGAAACUACACUCCGAAGAGCACAUCUGGUGUUAGCGUGGAUAAUGCAUUUCUACGUCCAUUCACUUCCUGUGUCGGAGCCUGUGCGGAUACCCCCGUCGAUUACACUUCCUCUACUCCAAGUUUCGGCUCAGCUUCAACUCCCUCCUGUUUUGACAUACUCCGACGAUGUCCUUUAUAAUUGGUUUCUCGAAUCCUCUCAAGUCGAUGAACUUCCUACUGAAACAACAAUUAAAUGUCAAACUUCGUUUACUUCCACUAACGAUGAAGCCGAAUUCUACCUGACAUCCGCGCGUAUGGAACUUGCCGGAGUGGAUGCCCUCGAACUGAUGCGGUCAACAAUGGACGAAGCCUUCGUAGGCGACGAUAUCGCUAUCCGACGAAUAACUGAUUACCUUUGCCAACUGGUGGACGUUAUCCAUCGUCUGCGGGCCAUGCUGCUCGAUGUAAAAAAGGGCUGCGAUCCACAGGUCUUCUACCAUGACGUGCGACCAUGGUUUCGCGGGGAGGAUUCCCAAAGUGGACGAAAAUGGGUUUUUGAAGGGAUUGAACAGGAUCCCACUCUCGCAGAGCCUACAGAGCUUUCGGGUCCUAGUGCAGGCCAGAGUUCUUUGAUUCACGCUCUUGACAUCUUCCUCGGCGUGGAUCAGUAUUCGCACGAACGAAGCCUUACUGGACACACUGUCGACGAAGCUCAGGCUACCACGGCGGCGCAGAAAUCGGCCUUUUUGGAGCGUAUGCAACUGUACAUGCCCCGCCACCACCGUACUUUCCUGAACCACCUUUCAAACAAUCCUCGACCAUUACGCGCUCUUGUAUUCGACGCUGCUACCUCUCCUGAAUCUUCCAAAGGAGGUACCUCUGUCCUUGAGGCUUACAACGCGGCCGUUAUGGCACUAAAGGAGUUCCGCGAUGCACACAUGAUAAUUGUGGCUCUAUAUAUCAUCGCACCGGCUCGUCUUUAUGAAGCAGAAGUUAAAUCACGCUCCUCUGUUACACAACCUCCCACUCGACCCGGCUCGGAAUCCGAGUACGUUACUGAAAAGCAUUCAGAUAACGAGCCUUUGAAGGGUACAGGUGGUACCGACCUUGUACGUUUCUUAAAAGGAGUACGCGAUCAGACGAAGGGUGCGUUAAUGACCCUUUGA